GGCGGCUCGUCCUUUGCCCAGCAGGUCCAUGUGACGCCGUUGACUGUAUAUCCAGCUCUCAUUUUUAAACUUGUUUCCAGACCUUCACAAUGGGCACACUCGAGCAAAUCAAGCUCAGGGACCCCUACAUCUUCAAGAAGGCCGACGACUUCUUCAGCCUGGAUGUUGACGGGCCUGGCUCUAGCAUGAAACAGCCGAGGUCUAUCUCAUAUGUUGAUAAUGAUCAGCAACUGUCGAAUGGCCAGCAGAACCCGGUUUGCCGCCACGGUCGCAUCUUCCGCUUCGACGAUAAUUCACUCCUUCUGAUCCAGUUCCUCCGGCCCAAGGUCUGGCGCGUCCGCUUCAGUCCAAAAAACAAGUCGCCUCAAGACUUCACAGACUACAACACCCGCACAAUCAUCCGAGAUACAACGACCGAGCUCAUCCGUGUUCUUGACCGCGUGCAGAAUAUUGACUGGAGAGUAGACCUGAUUCAAAGCGACGAGUACUACAUCCUACAGUCCAUAGUUGUUCAUGAUGGCAAGGAUGAGAAAGGGCUGGAACUGUGGAUUCAGAAAGAUCCCUUCCAGAUCACAGCAGUUCGCUUGCUGACAGGACUCGAGCCUGCCACAAGGCCGCCCCAAGCUCAAGAUCUGGAAGAUAGCAACCAUGACGGCCUGGGGUUCCCCAACGAGGUGUCUGGCCAACGCCGCGCCGUCAUUUGGCAGACGAAACCCCGGGGCCUGCUCUACGGUGAUCAGUCUACUGUCCUGUGCCUCGAACGGUCAGUCACUGCCGACUAUAUGGGAUUUGGCGAGCAGGGCGGUAGCUCCUUUUUUAAGGAGAGAACCUUCUUGAACUAUUUCAACUUUGACAAUAUGCGGUACUUCAAUGUCUAUGGCCAAGGCCCGUUGAACGACAGCGAACCGCUGUACCAUUCUGAGCCCUACUGGAUUGAGGUGGAUGCACAACCAGCUUACCGGACACAGGUGGCAACCUUCAUAGAUAAUUACUCCCAUGUCUGCGUUGACAUCGGUGUUGCAGACCCAUCCACCUUCAGAGUUGCAACUCGUUUCAAUUCGUUUCAGGGAAUCUUCAUGGCCGGGGAUACCGUGGCCGACGUCAUCCAGCUGCACACCUCCAUCGUUGGUAAGCCAAAGCUCAAGCCCCGAUACGUGCUUGGCAAUCAUCAAGGCUGCUAUGGGUAUGAUACAAGAGACAUGGUCUUGGACGCUGUCAAGGAGUAUCGCAAGGCUGGGAUCCCUCUAGAUGGGAUGCACAUUGACGUCGACAUCCAAGACGACUACCGGACUUUUACGAUCAACAAGAACGCAGGCCGCUUCCCAGACCCGGAGUCAAUGUUCAAGGACCUCCGUCAGUUAGGUGUCAAGUGCAGCACAAACAUAACGCCUUAUAUCAAUUCCACGCCCAACGAUGAUUAUACCACAUUGAACGAAGCCCUGAAGGCUGGUUACUUCAUUGUAGACCUGCGCGACAUUGAUCCUUCGGCCCCAAAUCCUCAGGAUCAACGCUAUCUUCAGCAGGGCACUGCGGGUGUGUACUUCACCGAACCCGACAACGAGUGGAAAAGGCCACAGUAUGAGCAGCGCGAUGAUUACUCGUUCAGGGAUCAAUUCAACUCAGGCAAGCCAUUUCAUGGUGGCAUCUCUUACGGCGCAAACCUUGGACACCCUGGCUUUUACCCGAACCUGAACAGCAAGAGCGUCCGUCUGUGGUGGGGAAGGCAGUAUCGAGAGUUGUUUGAAUGUGGUCUGGACUUUGUAUGGCAAGACAUGACAAGUCCUUGUAUCGCAGAGCAAUACGGUGAUAUGAAGUCGCUACCCUUUCGGUUGAUGAUCGACUCGGACGGAUGGAGCGGAGACCCAAAUGCCUCUCAGCAGAAGAAGGCCAUCGAAAUCUGGUCACUCUACAGCUACAAUCUUCACAAGGCGACGUACCAUGGCCUCAACAACUUGCAUAGGAUCGACAAGAACAACGAGAACGACAAACUUGCCUGGCGUGAGAAUCGUCGAAACUUUAUCAUUGGUCGUGGAAGCUUUGCAGGCAGUCACCGAUUCGCAGGCCUGUGGACCGGCGACAACGCUUCCACCUGGGAUUUCCUCAAAAUAUCUGUUGCGCAGGUCCUCGCACUGGGCCUGUCCGGUGUAACAAUCGCUGGAGCAGACGUCGGAGGUUUCGAGGCCGACGAGCGGCAGCUGGACUACGCCGAUCCCGAGCUGUUGAUCCGGUGGUACUCUGCGUAUUCCUUACUACCCUGGUUCAGGAACCACUACACUCGCCAGAGAGACUGGAUCGAUCGCCCGGGCGUUCAGAGAAAACCUGGAAAGUGGUUUCAGGAGCCCUAUGCAUACCAGCUCCACUACGAACAGCACAAGGACAAAUACAGAGACCGCGAGGCGGAGAUCUACCGCGCCGUACUCCCAAGUUGUCGCUAUUCAAUCCGGUUGCGUUACUCCUUAAUGCAGCUUCUUUACGACGCCAUGUUCGAAAACAUGCUGACAGGAUUGCCAAUUGCGCGGGCCAUGCCCAUCACCGACGAGCUUGAUCGCUCGCUGUUCUCAAAGGAUAAUCGCGAUUGCACCGGCUCGCAAUACAUGGUGCGCAACGACCUCCUGGUCGCUCCUCAAUUGGACCGCGAGGCAGCAUCGGGUGGUGUCCGCGAGCUGUAUCUGCCGUAUCCCGACCAUUGGCUUCCCAUGAAUCUUCGUGCGGAUGAUGAAAUUGGUCUACCGCUCGCGAACUCCACGCCUGGUGGUCGCCGUAUACAAUAUGAAUGCCGCAUCAGCGACGACGACGAACAGAUCCCGUAUUCCACGCCAAUGUACAUCAGGGAAGGUGCAAUUAUACCCAAGAUCCAGGUCCGAGACUUCGUACCUGACUACAGCACGGCUCAGCAAGAUCCGAAUCCCAUCACUAUCCACGUUUACCCUGGCAAGGACAAUAGCUAUGACAUGUUCCUCGACGACGGGAUUUCACGAGAUAGCGCGCCGAAGGCUUCCUCGCAGACGGGCGGCACAUUGCAGGGAGAAUGGACCAAGGGACUCACUGAUGAAAAAGCCGAUAGCAACUACACUCAGGUGGCGUUCAAGCAGGUCACGACCAAGCAAGUGAACCAUUCCACCCAUGUGGUCAAAUACACCCGCCAUUUGUGGGCCCGCACACCGUUCAAUGGCUUCAAGGGCAACCUGACGCAAAUGAUCAGCUCGGAGUACAAGUUUGUAUUCUGGCAUCUGCCGCAGAGCGACCUCGCCACGGCCGAGGUGUCGGUGACUCUGGAUCAAGCAAAGUAUGACGUCAAUGUUGAUCGGAAGCACAGGGCAACGAUCGUCACAGUGCCGGUGGAGGACGUGCACACGACGGAGGGCCUGCACAUUACGAUCUCAAUGGUCUCGGAAAUCUAGUCCUGCCGUCUUUGCUGCCUUUCGAGCUGUCCAUAGUUCCUUGCUCUGAAGCAUGGCAGACGUUUACCGCUCUAUAUAGAUCAAAUACGUCAUUUUCGCAAAUGUACCUUCUAAGGACGAAAUGUGGCGAGCCUUUACUUGACCACACUUAUGUAGUGGCGGCACGCCUCCACGCGAGCUCCCAUAGACGAGCAAUACAAUGC